GCUUCACGUAAUUUUUUGUCGUGAACAAUGCGCGUGUGAGGCUUACUUGAAAAAUCAUUUUGCUUAGCACGUAGCUUUCAUCAUUCGCUGAUAAAUUUGUCUUGAAUAGCUCGCUUGUGCUCUCCUUGUCACCAUGUCUCGCGCUUUGUUGGCUGGCGAUUCGAUGGUGAAAUACGUCGGUCAGUAUUUCCCGUCGCGUCGUGGCCUGGCCGUUGAGGUCAGUGCGCACAGGGGGGCAAAGAUCGAGCACUUGCUUCCAAUGAUUGUCAACAAGCUAGGAAGCUUUGACGUUGUCAUUGUGCACGUCGGCACUAACAACACUCUUGAGAGUGUUGACGUGUACAUGGACAAGUACCGUCGCUUGGCUUGUGACAUAAUUGCAAGCAAUCCUAGGGCGCAGGUUGCGUUUUCUGCCAUUCUCCCUCGCGGGCAGAAUGAGUACCGCAUGCGGGAAGCACAGUCAGCAAAGUUGCGCCGCAUGAACGAAAGGUACAAAGAGGUGAACGCUGCACUGCAGGAGCUGUGCCAGGAGCAGGGCUUCUAUUUCAUGGAUGGCUUGGUUGAAGAUUGGGCCAGCUGUCUUGCCAGGGAUGGUGUGCACCCGAGCCGCCAUGGAAACCAGCUGUUGGCCGACUACUACUACAGGGAGGCCCGCAUCCUGGCUGCCAGUGUGGAGAGGGGCCGAAUCCAGCGCAACUACCAGGACAGGCAGUCAUCUUCCUGGAGUGGCUGGGCAGAACCACCUGCAGCACCCGUCUUCAGCAGUGCCGACUUUCCUCCUCUUGGAGCUAACUGUACUUCUCUUGCAGCAAACAAGCCAUCCAGGGUGAAGACAACACCUGCACAGGUGACCAGCCCUGCUUCCUUGCAGGCAUGCAACACCGACCAGCUUCCUUGUGCCCUUCGGGGUCCUGGCUUUGUUCUUGUUGGCGGUGUUCGCGUUCGCAGCAAGGGCAGCAAGACCUGGUGCACCUGGGACAGCCUGCCUUCGCCCAUGGCUUAUGGUUCAAGGGUACCCAGAAGGGGAAAGGCUGAGGGGAGGCUUCAAGGCCAUGUGCCUUUUGCUAAGCCAGUGAGCCUCAGCCAAGGUGCCAGCACCACUUGUUCCAGGGUCAUGGGAGGAGUCGUACAGGCAAGUCCUGCUCUUCACUUAUCCACGAAGGAGGGUGCGGCUGAGGCGGUCCAGAUUUCCCGUGGUGGUGAGUGGACUCUGGUGAAGUCGAAGAGGAACCGUAGAAAGGCUGCGGCACUGUGCAAGCAGUAG